AAACAUUACAAAACUAAGAUAUGGAAGCUUUAAAAGAACUGUUGCCAGAAUUGAACUUUGAUGAAGAGAUAAAGGAGAAUCCUGAGCUUGAGAAGUACAUCAAGAAGGAAUGCAAUGAGGCUGAACUCACUUUUACUGACCCAAUGAAAUUGGAAGAGGCCCCUAAACUAAAUUCUGAUUUUAGAAACUAUGUUCUCCUCUGUGGUCUACCCAUUGUCGAUGAAGGCAAGAAGGAAAAACUGUUGAAAGUCAUUAUUAAUGUUCUAAAGAAGAAAGGAUUCGAGGCCAUUGAUGAAGAGAAUAUCACUAUUUUACUCAAGGAAGACACUGGAAAAUCAUAUGGCACUGCUUUUAUUAAGUGCGAUGAUGAGACUGACGCCAAGCUUGUCCAAGCUCUCCUUCAUGGAUUUGCUCUUGGAAAAGCCAAUAAGAUUCAAGCAUCUACUUUUGAUGAAUUUGAUAGACUUCUAAGUGUGAAUGAUGAAUAUGUGCCUCCAAGAUUUGCCGACUUGACUGAUCUGUACAGCUAUGCUAUGGAUCCUCAGAAUGAUCAAUUCUUAAUCAGAGAAGAGAACGAAAUCAAGGUGAAGAUGAACAGAAUCCCAAACAGGACUGACAAGGAGACUAAUACUGUUAAUUUCCAUGAAGAAUUGGUCGGACCAAAUGCUGAUAUUCAAAUCAUCUCCAAGAAGAAUGCUUUCUGGUCACCACAAGGAAGAUAUCUUGUGAUCUUUAAGGAGAAUAUGGUCCAAUUAUAUGGUGGCUCUGUUUUCGAGCUUGUUAGAGAAAUUGUCCAUGCUGGAGUAUCCAACUGUACUAUCUCUCCAUGUGAGAGAUACAUCAUGACCUUCACCAAAGAGAAGAAUGCUGGACAAGGAAACUAUAUGUUCUGGAGAAUAGACACUGGAGAGAUGCUCAGAUCAUUCUCUUUUGAUGACUACACUCCAAAGAACAGUCCUCAUGAUAUUUUCAAGUUUUCUUUUGAUGGAAAUUAUGUUGCCAAAAUGAUUACCGAUCAUAUUGCUGUCUAUGAACUUCCAGAUAUGCAGCUUCUUGAGGAUAUGAAUAUCGGAAAGCGUGUCUCGAUCAGGAUCGAGCAUAUUAACGACUUCAAGUGGAGUCCAGCAAAGAAUAUGAUCUGCUAUUGGUUCAGGAACCCAGAAGAUGAGUCCAAUCCUCCAAAGGUUGGAUUUAUUCAUAUUCCAACAAGAGAAGUCUGGAGUGAAAGAGAAAUCAUCAAUGGUGUAGACCUAAUAACUAAGUGGAGUACUGACGGAAGCAAGUUGAUCACUAUCAAUAAACUGAAAAGAAAGAAGCAAUUCUUUAACACUGUAUCAGUCUUUGAUGUAAACUCCAAGGGUAUUCCUGCUGAAAUGAUCUCGAUCAAUACAAAUAUUUUGAAUGUUUCAUGGACCUCUGCCACUGAUAGAAUUGCCAUCCUCGCUAACAGAGAGAAGAAGAUUCAGGAGAAAUGGGCUGAUAAAUCCCAAAUCGCCUCUACCAUUGUCUUUGAAGUUAAGCAAAGAGAUGGUGUCUUGAAAUCAGAGAGACUCGGAACCACCAAGGAGCAUAUCACAAAUGAUAUUGAAUGGGCUGAAAACGGAAACAUCUUCAUCGCUAGUGACAUUAAGAACGCAAACCCAAGCUAUCAAGGAAAAUUCUACGUGUACUACAUCAGAAAUGUGGUCACAAAAGAAGAAGUCAAGGCUAAAGGAGGAAAGGGCAAGAAGGGCAAAGGCAAAGCAGGAAAGACUAAAUUUGUUGACAAAACCGAGCUUGUGAUUGACUUAGUCGAUGAAAUUGAAGACCUUAAAGCUGACACUAUUAACUGGGACCCAACAGGAAGGUUCUUCAGCACUUCUUACAUUCCAGCUAUCAAAAGCAUGAUAAGGGCUCAGACAACACCGAAAUUUACUAUUUACAACGCUAAAGGAGAUGAGAUCUACAGCUAUUCAGUUCCUAAACUGCAGCAAUUUGCAUGGAGACCACGCCCAAUCCGGAACUGGAGCGAGAAGGUAGAGAAAGAGUUCCAGAAGGAAUACAAUAGCAAACUCAAGAAAGUACUUAAGGCUGAGAGUGAUGAGAAGGGUGUUAUUGAGAUGAUCAAAGUCACAAAGGAGAAGACCAAGGAGAAAUUCAUGGAAGUCUUCGCACCUUUCAUGCAGAGAUACAAGGAUACUAAGAAGGAAAGACUCGCUCUUUGUCCUGACGAUGACAGUGAUGAAGAAGAAGAGUUUGAGAGGAGUGUGAUCGCUGAUUACUAUUAAAGAAAUCCUU